AAGCAUUCCUGCUUCCUUAGUAUAAAUCCUUUUGAGCAGGGGUAUCCCCAGCCCCUGGGCAGAGGACCAGUACUGUUCAGCGGCCUGUUAGGAACCAGGCCGCACAACAGGUGAGCAGGGAGCAAGCAAGCAAAGCUUCAUUUGCUGCUCCCCAUCGCUUGCAUGACUUCCUGAACCAUCUCCGCCCCCCUCGAAAAACUCUUCUGCGAAACCAGUCCUGGUGCCAAAAAGGUUGGGGACAGCUGCUUUUGAGUAAAAAACACUAUUGGAUAAAUUGGACUUUUCAUGCUUUUGAAGUAGCUUUGCUAAACUGCUUCCCAGAAAUGUUACGUUGUAGUGAGUAGAAAGAUGGAAAUAGAGUCAAGGGAGUUGAAAGAGCUGCAAGUCUAAAGUGGCAAAAUAGGAAAGGCAGAGGUUAAAUACAUGGCUGAAGGCGUAGUGACUAAGGACCAGGUGAGGUAAGAGAUUUUCAGGCAAGACGGUAUUUUUGCACAUCGGAACCUUGCUUAGGCUGAUAUCCCUCCCAAACCCUCUAGUGUCCUAUUUUUCUCACCCAAAUUACUGUUCUACAUGUUGCUACAAAAUACAGUAGGUAUAUUUGAAGACCUUGAAAGGGAUGUUGUGUUGCUAAGCUUUGCGUUAGGACUUCGCAGUUGCCUACAGUGAGCGUACAAUAAAUUGGAAGUUGAAGCCUUUUCUGUGAUCUUGCGGUGGUACUCCAGGGCACAAAAGGGAAGGAAAUCAGUCCGUCCAAAUGUUCACAAGCUAAAGAAGGGGCUUCUGGAAUGGCAGGGUCUCUCGACCCCAACGCCGAGAAAAUUGACUUAAUUACCUGGCGACACUGGAGCUUCGGCCCCAGGACUAAUUUCUAGGUGGGGCCGCGUAGAGGAGUAGUGCGCACGCGCGCGCAGGGCACGGCCGCCGACGUGAUGCGCGCGGAGCGCGUGCGCAGAGGACCCGCACGGUGGCGCGUCUCCUCGUGGGGCUCCAGGGGUCGUGUUCUCGGCAUGGGCACCUCGCUGUCGCCGCUGCUGACUCUGCUGUCCCUCCUCUCCGGCCCGUGGCUCGAACUAGGGAAUGGGCAGAUGACCAACAUGGUCCAGCUACCAGGUGGGAGAUUCCAGAUGGGAACGAAUUCACCAGAUGGCAGAGAUGGUGAAGGACCUGUCCGGGAGGUGAUGGUAAAACCCUUUGCCAUCGACAUAUUUCCUGUCACCAACAAAGACUUCAGGGAGUUUGUCAGGGAGAAAAAGUACCAGACAGAGGCUGAGGUGUUUGGGUGGAGCUUUGUCUUCGAGGACCUUGUCUCUGAUGAGCUUAGAAACAAAGCAACCCAGAAAAUGCAGUCUCUCCUCUGGUGGCUUCCAGUGGAAAGGGCAUUCUGGAGGCAGCCUGCAGGUCCCGGCUCUGGCAUCCGAGAGAAACUGGAGCUCCCAGUGGUACACGUGAGCUGGAAUGAUGCCCGUGCCUACUGUGCUUGGCGGGGGAAACGGCUGCCCAUUGAAGAAGAGUGGGAGUUUGCUGCCCGAGGGGGCUUGAAGGGUCAGGUUUACCCCUGGGGAAACGAGUUCCAGCCAAACCGCACCAACCUGUGGCAGGGAAAGUUCCCCAAGGGCGACAAGGCUGAGGAUGGCUUCCACGGAGUCUCCCCGGUGAACGCUUUCCCCCCACAGAACAACUACGGGCUCUUUGACCUCGUGGGCAACGUGUGGGAGUGGACAGCGUCACCAUACCAGCCUGCCGACCAGGACAUGCGUGUCCUCCGGGGGGCGUCCUGGAUCGACACGGCCGAUGGCUCUGCCAAUCACCGGGCCCGGGUCACCACCAGAAUGGGCAAUACUCCAGAUUCAGCCUCAGACAACCUAGGCUUCCGCUGUGCUUCCAGUGCAGGCCGACCACCUGGGGAGCUGUGAGCAGCCACACAGAGAUGAGGAGAGUCCCCCGUGGCACCCGUGGCACUUCCUGGCCACAUGCCAAACACAGCCAAACUUGGGACUGCGUCCAUUCCCUCCCCGCUCCCUGUGGCAGACACCUCUCCCCCGGGCAGGAAAAGGACCCUGACCUCCACGGAGGGGCGCCACUGUCUCCUGGAGAAGGGGCCCAACUUACUGAUUGUGUCCAGGAGCCGGACGUUUCUCUUAGAGGUCAAAUACUGACCGUAUGGGGGCCACAUACUCAAAACAGUUGGGGCGCAGUGCUCUGAAAGGCAGUUUGUGAAAAUAUUUUAAAUCUGCUCCCUCCAACUUUCUCACUGUCUGACCCGGGGACCUGACAUUGUUUGCUCAAGGCAGAAUUUCCCCAGGUCUCCUUGUUUUCCCAGCAAGUUGCUGUAGAAGGAAAAUGAUUCCUUCGUUUGCCUUAUUUGUGGGGUUUCAUGCACCUCCGAGGGAACCUAGUUUCCACCGUAUGUGAAAUGCAGUUCUGUGGGCUCUUUAAAGCACACUGUCAGUCUUAAAAGGGUCUAGGAGAACGACGGAUUUACCAGGCGCAACUGUGUAUCAUGGGAGGCACAGAGUGAAUACUCCACAAAGACAAACAGCAGAAGCUUUCCUUUCUAUUAUUAAUUAUGUAAGGGCUGCCCUGUGCCUCUAAAAACAUGGCCCCAGAGAAGAACCUGCUCCCGUGCUGUCACUGGACUUUGUGAGGUCAGUAAAAUCUCCCGUGAUUGCGA